UCACUAUUUUUCAUCGUCCUGUAUUCUUGUUGACCUUUAUGUCGUUCUCAGUCAGACGACUGCCAAUACAUGAAUUAGGGAAAAUUGUCUAGUUGCUGACUGAUUCAUCUUGUCCGUAUUCCAAUGGUUUCCAACUUUCAGCAACAAGGUAUCACCCAGAAACAAUCUUAAAUUAUUCCUCCAUCAAUUCCAACAAUCAAAUGAUGAAAAGUUGGGGUGGACUUUUGCAGCCACUACUGAAAAUCUGGACCUUUGCAGCACAGACAGUAAGGAAAAACUAGUGCAAAUAUCUUGAUCGAAGCAAUGGAUGCUACUCCGGCGAUGUUGGCGGCUGCAGUCGCCAUCCUCGCCGUUGUUGCAUCGCUCCCACUAGUACUGCUCCGCCUCCUCUCUGCCAGCGCCGGCGGCAAGAAGACACAGCCCCCGCUGCCUCCCGGUUCGUUCAGUCUACCUUUCAUCGGGCAGACGCUAAGCCUGGUCCGCGCCCUCCGCGCCAACACCGCCGACGACUGGCUCCGGCGCUGCGUGGCCGCGUACGGCCCCGUGUCGCGUCUGUCCCUCUUCGGCUGCCCGACGGCCUUCCUCGUCGGCUCCGCCGCCAACAAGUUCAUCUUCUCCAGUGCCGCGGUGACCGCCAAGACCCCCGAGUCCCUCGCCCGGAUGGUCGGCCGCAGGACGAUCCGGGACGUGGUCGGCGACGAGCACCGCCGCGUCAGGGCCAUGAUGGUGCAGUUCCUCAGGGUGGACGCCGUCAAGAGGUACGUCGCCGGCAUGGACGGCGAGGUCCGGCGCCACCUCGACGCGGAGUGGCGCGGCCGCGGCGCCGUGGCCGUGAUGCCGUCGAUGAAGCUGCUGACCUUCGACAUCAUGAGCACCACCAUCUUCGGCCUGGGGAGGGACGCCGCCGUCCGGCGGGAGCUGUGGACGGAGUUCCAGCAGCUGCUGAGGGGCAUCUGGGCGGUCCCGGUCAACCUGCCCUUCACCAGCUACAGCCGCUGCCUCGCCGCGAGCCGGCGCGGGCGGCGCGCCGUCGCCGGGGUCAUCCAGGAGAGGAGGGCCAGGCUGGAGCGCGGGGAGAGCUCGCCGUCCGACGACGUGGUCACGCUCAUGCUCGUGGAGGGCCUGCACGACGAGGAGAUCAUCGACAACGUCAUGUUCCUCAUGGUCGCCGCGCACGACACCACCGCCGCCCUCCUCACCUUCCUCAUCCGGCAGCUCGAGUUCGACAAAGACACCUAUGAAAAAGUUGUCCAGGAGCAAGAAGAGAUCGCGCGGAGCAAGGCGCCCGGUGAGGCUCUGUCGUGGGAGGACCUGACCAGGAUGAGGUACACCUGGGCGGCGGCGAUGGAGACGCUGCGGAUGGUCCCUCCGGUGUUCAGCAUGAUGAGGAAGACGGUCGCCGACGUCGAGUACGGCGGCUACCUCAUACCCAAAGGCUGGCAGGUGAUCCACGCGGCCAACAUGACUCAGUGGGACCCGGCCAUCUUCCCGGAGCCCGGCAGGUUCGAGCCGGCGCGGUUCGAGAGCCCAGCGGCGGCGGUGCCGCCCUUCGCCUUCGUGCCGUUCGGCGGCGGCGCGCGCGUCUGCCCCGGGAACGAGUUCGCCAGGGUGGAGACGCUGGUGACCGUGCACUACAUCGUGACGCGCUUCAGGUGGAAGCUCGCCGCCGGCUGCGACCGCAACUUCUCCAGGUUCCCGCUGCCGUACCCGUCUCAGGGCCUGCUCAUCGACAUCGAGCCGAUUCAGAAAUGAAUGCUAGAUUGCAUGCAGUUUCAGCUCGAGAAAUCCGUGCGCGCAGAAGCACCAUACACCUUGAGAAAGUUCAGUAUUCAGUAGCAGCUGUAGUUCAGUUGGAUUGAUGUACAUGCAGGAUUACUGGUUGUGAAUUUCUAGCAUAAUUUUGUGUUGCUUGGCAGUAAUUAACUAAUUAAGUCAGUAACCUGCUCUAUCUUA